CCCGCCGGAAGCACUCGCGCGCCCCGGGGCCAGCGGCACACCGGGGUCCAGCGCUCGGGGCUGCAGUGGUUGUGAGUCCCGCGGUCCCCGGCCCUUCUCCGCAUGGAUCCCGCAGAGCGCGCGCAGGCGGCGCGAGCUCGGGUGCCCAGGAUCGAUCCGUAUGGGUUUGAAAGGCCCGAAGACUUUGACUAUGCGGCUUAUGAAGAAUUCUUUUCCACGUACCUGGUGAUACUAACCAAGAGGGCGAUCAAAUGGUCCAAACUUCUGAAGGGAAGCGGUGGUGUCCGGAAAAGCGUGACAGUGAAACGCUAUGUCCGGAAGGGAAUCCCGCUGGAGCAUCGGGCCCGUGUGUGGAUGGCCGUGAGUGGAGCCCAGGCCCAGAUGGACCAGAGCCCUGGAUACUACCGUCGACUGCUUGAGGAGGGCGAGGGCAGCUCCAGCCUGGAGGAAGCCAUCAGGACAGACUUGAACCGGACAUUCCCUGACAAUGUGAUGUUCCGGAAGACGGCGGAUCCUUGUCUCCAGAAGACCCUGUACAACGUGCUCCUGGCAUAUGGGCUACACAACCCAGACGUGGGGUACUGCCAGGGAAUGAACUUCAUAGCUGGGUAUCUGAUCCUUGUCACGAAGAAUGAAGAGGAGGCUUUUUGGCUCUUGGACGCUCUUGUUGGAAGGAUACUGCCAGAUUACUAUAGCCCAGCAAUGCUGGGGCUGAAGACUGAUCAAGAGGUCCUAGCAGAGCUGGUGAGGAUGAAACUACCAGCGGUGGCAGCCCUGAUGGAUGGCCAUGGUGUGUUGUGGACCCUGCUGGUGUCUCGCUGGUUCAUCUGCCUGUUUGUUGACAUCCUACCUGUGGAGACGGUGCUACGGAUCUGGGACUGUUUGUUCAACGAAGGCUCCAAAAUCAUAUUCCGGGUUGCUCUGACCUUAAUUAAGCAACACCAGGAAUUUAUAUUGGAAGCCAGCAGUGUUCCAGACAUCUGUGACAAGUUUAAGCAGAUCACCAAAGGGGACUUUGUGACAGAGUGUCACACAUUCAUGCAGAAAAUCUUUUCAGAACCAGGAAGCCUGUCCAUGACGACCAUCACCAGGCUCCGGGAGAGCUGCCGAGCCACCCUGCAGGCACAGAGCUGAGUGCGCAGGCGCCCACUGCCACAGUUCUCUUCAGAGAAUACACUUCACCAAUUCCACACCGAUCCUGCUGUAAAUACUUGAAAUCACGACACUCAAUGUGAACUUUUAAAAAAAUGAUUUAAAAUUAGUGUUCUCCAUUUUUUUCCUACCUUUGGAGUCAUAAACUGAAUUCCCUGGCCCAGCUUGAUUAUCUUAGUUGGGACCCAGGACCCGAAAGUGGAAGCAGAGAGCACUCUUUCAAAUGGUCAUUUUUAGACACACACUCUGGCAUUCAAAAAAUCUUGACAUUAGGAAUAUGAGGUGCACUUUGUUGAGGAGAGCAACAAGUUUCCCAGUGUUAGAAGUUAAGUGACUGCCAUGUGUGACCUUGACCUCUCAGGGGAGUAAGACUCCGGUGCCCUCCCAGGACAUUUUCCUAGCCUGUGCCUAUGCUGACCUGUGCCCUGUGGGGGAUAAGUGGGACACCGUAGCCUACUUAUGAGCAUGGUCACUUGUGAUGAUUUCUGGCUUUCUCAGAAUGGCCCUUACAAAUAGGCCCCUGUCCUCUGGCUGGUCAUCCCUAAUGUCCUUACACACCCAGCACAGUCUAGCAGGCCAGCACUGAUAUCCCCUGUUCAUGAAGCUGGAGAGCAGGCCUUGUUCACUGGCAGUAUGCCCUGAGCCCCUUACCUUGCAGCUUCCUUUAUGGUUUUCAAAGCUGUAGCCUUAGCUGAGAGGAAUGAUGUACUAGCCCUACCCAGGAGUGGGUGGGCUCAGAGCUGCACCCACACUACUGUCCAGAUGUUCCCCAAGGUCGUUUGUAUCUUAAAGGUAUACCGGAGAUGGCUUUCCACAGGACUACCUGGUGUCACCUGCCAAGGAGAAUGCUGGGGCCCCAGGGAGAUGGAACUCAGUCAUACUGUGAGAUCUCAUGGUCAGUCUUGAGUGCAAAGAUCCUUUACCUAAGGAACAAAGCUCCCUUCAGCUCAGUCCUCCCUUUCAGAGGGCUGAUGUGAGCUGCUCCUGCUUCCAGUCAGACCAGAAAGGUAGAGCCUGCAACCCUGCCAGUGACCCCAAUAAACAUGCCCGGAGACAAGACUUUCCUCUCCCCAAAGGCAGGACCAGGAAGCUAAGUUACAAGGCCCACAGGCAGACCUUGCCCUUGCCUGCCAGUCUGGAUUCUCUGUACUGCUUUUGGUUUCUGAAGCUGAUCAGAGGCACAUGAUGCCUCUAAGGCAGGGCUCCUGUUGUCUCCUGCCCCCAGAGGAGGGAGCUGGCCUACAGGAUGGGAAUGGAGCACUUGAAGAUGGUGGAGGCUCCCAAGUCUUUACAAAUCCCACCAGCAAGCAGAGGAGACACUGCAGAGAAGCCUGGCUUGUCCCAGUCUGCUAUAGACAGAAGGGGGUGGACAGAUCAGAGCUUCAAGGAAAAGGUGAGCACUGACCUCUGCAGGUCACCUCAUGUUUAAUGAGUAUGAGGUUCUUGUGACAUAGGUGUGGUGCUUCUGGACACUAUAAUCACAUGGCCAUACUUUCAUCACCUAAGACUCAUCAAAACAAGAACUAUGGAAGAGUCUCCUAACAUCUAGAGCCAUGACAAGUAACAUUUCUGUAACAUAGGUUGACUAGAAGCCGGGUUAUCCCGACACUGUCCCAUACUCUGAGCACAUGAGGGCUCUCUUGAUGGGUCACAGAGGCACACGUCCAGACAGACAAAGAAGGAGACUUUUUAUUAGCAUCGUUACAGGCAAUGCAUUACGUGAGCUGAUGCCCAGUGUACAACCCACCUACGCUGCAGGACACGUCAGCAGUGUGAAUCUACUAUUGUACACAGUGCAGAGACAGGGCCACCCUGAACGCCAACACAAGACUGGAAAUCACUUU